AUGUCGAAUUUAUCCAAAUUUGAGUUUGUGGCAUUAGAUAUUUCUGGAAAGAAUUAUCUUUCAUGGGUACUCGAUGCUGAGAUUCACUUGGCUGCUAAAGGUCUUGAUGCCACUAUUACUCAGGGAAAUGAAGCAUCGAGUCAAGAUAAGGCGAAGGCUAUGAUUUUCCUUCGUCAUCAUCUUGAUGAGGGCCUGAAGAUUGAAUAUCUGACGCAACAUAAUGCUCUUUUAAUGAAAAAUCAUGAAGCUCAUCCCACUGGAGCUGCUCCAUUACCGGAGGCAAAUGUGGUGGGAGCACGUGAUCAAUCUGAAGUAAAAGAGAUGAUCAUCGCGGCUAUAAUAAUGCACGGGGACGUGGCAAACAUAAGAGACGAUACACUAAUCGUCAAGAAAGGAAAUAAAAGUGGUGCUUCCUCUUCCAAUGCUCGAGAUGAGUCACAUAUGACUCUUAAAGAUGAUGAUAAGCCAGGAACAUCUCAGAAAUUUGAUAAGGAUGUUGAAGCAAAUUUGCCUUUAAAGGAUGAUGUUUUUGAUGGCCUUGGUGACAUUACUCAUAUGGAAGUUGAUGACUUCUUUGGAGAUCGAAACUGA